UGCACCUCAAUUUUCGAUUCUGAUUCACUUUGGCCGACAUUUGAGUUUUCCUUUUUUUCUUCAAGCACCAAACAGUUAGCGAAAUCAUGUUUCACGUGAUCCAUUACGAAGCUAAUUGCGGGUUUCAGUUUAUUGGGUUCGUUUUGGAGCCAUAAUUUCAGUACCAGAGACGCAUAGAGCUAGACGAAAAGAGAGAAUCCUCCGUGGGUGCCUUAAAUUUCAUUAAAUUCUGUUCCUGUUAUCUGUUUAAUCAGAGAAGCGAUUACGAAAGCAGAAUUCUUACGUUCAAAUGGAUUUCUUUGACUUGUAUGGCGCCAAUAUCUGUGCUUAAUCCCUGUCACUGUCCUGCUUCUCGGAGUUGGUUUUCUGUGUAUCUCUAUAGUUCUGAGACUAAGGCGCAGCUCGUGUGAGUUCUUCACUGGCAGUGUAGUGGAGGGAGCUAGCAUUAGCAGCCUAGGAGUGAAGAAGGAUGUGCUUGUGGCAAAGGGUGCACGUGGGCCUUUAGUCAGCAAGCAUUUGCAUGAAAUUUUUUACUCGGAAUCUAUAUGUGUAGCAGUUGAAACAUAUCCAAUUCAUCAUUUAUCACUUUUUAAGAUCUUUUAGUCUCUUGAGUUCAAGAAUGUUAGUUCCUCUACUUGAAGAGAGCACUGCGGCAUAUGGAGGGCACAGACAGUAGAGAAACGCACUAUCACGUCAGUGAUAAAGCGAGCAAAGCACGAUAAGUGAUUUACUCGACUCUCCACAAAAAAAAUCUGGAUUUUCUCCACUUGCAAGGAACUUACUACACCAGUCCUCUGCAAUCAUAUUCUAAUGACUGUGUAAUGAUCCACCACAAUGUGAAUAAAAUGUGCUCGACACUUGGAAGAUAGAUUGCUAGGCUAAAUUGAGGGCGCUAGGUAUCCCCACUUAUAGGAACGGUGUGAUAGUGCACCUAUCAGCAGUGGAAGAAGUCUACUAUUAGAGGAGGAAAACGUCACUUUUUUCAUAUCCAUGACUGAGUGGAUAGGUACACAGAAGCCUGACUUCAAGUUUGAUGAAUUGUCAGGGGAUAAAGAGAAACAAUUAGUUGCAGAUCUAGUAAAGAUACAACAUGAUGGGACUGUAGAAGUUGAUAUCGAGAAAAAUGCCCCUGCUGCUUCAGAACUCUUGAAGCUUCAUCCUACCUUGAAAGGGUCAUCUCCCAAAGUUGAUGACAUCAUUCCUGAGUCCAUCAAAUUGAUUCCAAGGCUGAACAUUGCAAUACUUGUUGUUGGAACAAGAGGAGACGUGCAGCCGUUCUUGGCCAUCGCAAAGAAGCUUCAGGAAUUUGGCCAUCGUGUUAGGCUUGCCACUCAUACUAAUUUCAGAAACUUUGUGAAGUCUGCUGAUGUUGACUUUUAUCCUCUGGGUGGUGACUCUCGUGGUUUGGCUGAAUAUAUGACCAGAAACAAGGGUUUCAUUCCGUCUGGACCGGGGGAAAUAUCUGUCCAAAGGAAACAUCUAAAGGUCAUUAUAGAGUCCACACUUCCUGCUUGCACCGAACCAGAUCUAGAAACUGGGAUGCCUUUUAGGGCUCAGGCAAUUAUUGCAAACGCUCCUGCUUAUGGGCAUACACAUGUUGCUGAAGCUCUUCGUGUACCUUUACAUAUCUUCUUUACAAUGCCUUGGACGCCAACAAAUGAAUUUCCCCAUCCAUUGGCACGUGUACCCCAAAAUACAGGUUAUUGGAUUUCUUAUAUCAUUGUGGAACUACUGAUAUGGUGGGGAAUAAGGGGUUCCAUUAAUGAGUUCAGGAGGAAGAAGCUGAAUCUUGCUCCCAUUGCAUAUUUUAGUACGUAUCGUGGAUCAAUUUCUCAUUUGCCUACAGCCUACAUGUGGAGUCCUUCCGUUGUGCCAAAGCCAAAGGAUUGGGGGCCUUUAGUUGAUGUUGUUGGCUAUUGUUUUUUGGACCGUGGAUUCAAGUAUCAGCCUGAAGAGGCGGUCGUCCAGUGGAUUCAAAAAGGAACAAAACCCAUAUAUGUAGGAUUCGGGAGUAUGCCUCUUGCGGAGCCUCAGAGGACAACUGAUAUCAUAUUGGAGGCAUUAAAGGAAACAGGGCUAAGAGGGAUAAUUGACCGGGGUUUAGGAGGCCUAGGAAAUUGUAUAAAUGUUCCUGAAAAUGUACUCCUUGUACAAGACUACCCCCAUGAUUGGCUAUUUCGUCGAUGUUCAGCUGUGGUUCAUCAUGGUGGUGCUGGAACUACGAGCACAGGACUUAAAGCUGGGUGCCCUACGACCAUAGUACCGUUCUUUGGAGAUCAAUUUUUCUGGGGCGAGACAACACAUCAGAAGGGCCUUGGACCAAUACCGAUCCCUAUAUCUCAGCUAAACGUCGGGAAUCUAUCAAAUGCUAUAAAUUUUAUGCUCCAGCCUGAGGUAAAACGUCGAGCAGCUGAAAUAGCAGAACUUAUAGAGAGCGAGGACGGGGUUGUAGCAGCUGUUAAUGCAUUUCAUCAUCAUUUACCUCCAGAGUUGCCUCUUCCACCUGUAUCUGUCGACGAGGAAGACUUCGGAAGCCCUCUCCAAUGGCUUCUUCUAAAAGUGGAAAAGUGGUGUUGCCUUCCUUGUGGUCUCAGGUUUUGAUCUGCAAUGCUAUUGUAGGUAUAGGUACAGAAAUAUGUUCUUCUCAUUCUUAGUUUUUGUAUUUCAUUCAUUCAAAUACAUUAUUCAUAAAGCUUGCUAGAUGAAAAUAAAAUAUCAUGUUCUUGUAGCA